AUGGCUGACUUAAAGACAGCACCUUUUCUGUCGUUUCAGGUCCGGUUCACAGCGCUGGAGCGGCGGCACCACUGCCGCGAGUGCGGGCGCGUGUUCUGCGGCCGCUGCAGCCGCUACGAGGCGCCCGUGCGCCGCCUGCGCGCGCUGCGGCCCGUGCGCGUCUGCCAGCGCUGCCACGACCACAUACACGGCAAGAAGGAAUAAACUUACCAUUACAAGUAACUGGAGCGAUGUCUGGUGAGAUGAACAUGUUUGAAAACUAAGCUACUGUAUGUUAUAUAACGAUCUCCACAAGAUAACAUUAAAAUGUAUACUGCAAGUCUGGGCCAUAUCUGCGCAGAAAACUGCGCGCGCUGUGACCCGUGC